AUGGCGGUUCCGGCAUUAUACAUGCCCAUCUUGGGCUUCGUGCGAGCAGAGCUCAUCAUCAAUAUCAUCUUCGUCAUUCUGGUGUUAUGCACAAUUACGCUAAGAGUGGUGGCGCGAGUUAACGGGCCGGGCCUGGGUUGGGACGAUGGACUAAUUCUAUUUGCGACGCCUUUGGGAGUUGGCAUGUUAAUCUGCCAGGGCCUUUUCGCUCCAGUAGGAAAUGGCUAUAAUCUAAUGGAACACCCUCAACUUGCGGCCAAUAUCCCCUUCAUUCUCCAGUUGACAUUCUGUAUGCAAAUCAUAUAUGUCACUCUCCUCUCAGCAGUCAAAGCGAGCAUGCUUUGUUUCUUCUUGCGAGUUUUUGUCACUCCUUUUAUGCAACGCGCUGCAUGGAUCUGCUUAGGGUUCUUGGCCGCGUGGAUGGUAUCUUACCUUGGUGCAUGCAUCUUCCUCUGCACUCCCAUCUCAGGACAGUGGACAGGUAUUGGUAAAUGCGGCGCGUACAUGCCGAUGAUUCAGUCUUUGAUCACGACAAAUGCAAUUGGUGACAUCAUCAUCAUGGCUCUACCAAUGAAGACUAUCUGGUCCUUACAAACGCGGACAACUGAUAAGAUCGGUAUCAUGUCAUGUUUCGCUCUAGGUAUUGCAUGUGUCAUCUGUGCUAUCUUCAGGUUGAUCUAUAUCUCCACAGUCGACCUUACCACCAACAUUACAGGAACGAUGCCUACAACAGUAUUCCUCUUUAUCCUGGAGCCGAAUCUUGCCAUUCUCUGCGUCAGUAUUCCCAUGCUUCGACCUUUAUACAGCAGGUACAGGGAGCGAACACGCGGUGCCUCCAAGUUAGAAGAAGACUUCUCGGAAAAUCAAACGAUUGGUGGAUCAGGAGGACGGGGCAAGAGUUCAAACCAAAGAAGCAAGGGUGCGAUCACUGGAAACGACACGUUGAACCUCACGACGUGGGAGAUGGACGAUUACAACCCGAAGGGCAAUGAGAUGAAAUACGAAUCGGCGAUAACGACGACUGGCGAUGAAUCCGGGUCCGAGAAGAACUUGACCGCCCCAUCUGAAGUUCCCGGACGCGCCAUUGCAGUGGAAAAGCAAUGGACGGUCACCCAUAGUUAA